AUGGGGAACACCAAAAGUGGAGCCCUUUCAAAAGAGAUCCUUGAAGACCUGAAACUGAAUACAAAGUAUUCAGAGGACGAGCUUUGCAACUGGUAUGAGAGUUUUAAGAAACAAUGUCCAGAUGGCAAGAUAACACGCCCAGACUUUGAGAAGAUCUACGCGAAUUUCUUCCCCAAUUCAGACCCGCAGACAUAUGCCAGGCAUGUCUUCCGUAGCUUCGAUACAAAUGAUGAUGGCACACUGGACUUCCGAGAGUACAUCAUUGCACUUCAUCUCACUUCUUCAGGGAAAACCAACCUUAAGUUAGAAUGGGCAUUUUCAUUGUUUGAUGUGGACAGGAACGGUGAAGUCAGCAAAGUUGAAGUACUUGAGAUUAUCUCAGUAAGUACAGUGUGGUAUUUAGCAUUUUACUAAAGAAUCCAACAUGUAAAAUAAACUGAUGUUUAUAGGAAAUAAAACCCACAAACAAUUAUUAUAAUAAUAAUAUAAUCAAUAGAAUAAAAUGGUGGUCGUUGCAACUUUUUAUGUUGCAUUAUAUUUGUGCAACUGUUUAUUAUUCACAUAUUUUCAGUAAAACUGUUCUAAUAUGAUUUUA